CAAGUAUGCCGGCUGUAAAAGGAAUUCCAGAAAACGAACUAAACCCAAUCCCACCCAUAUACAAAAAGGAGGAGAAAAAAAAAGUCAUCUUUUCUUAUCUUUUGUUGCUUUAUAUGUCAGUUCCUAAACAAGGAUUUUCUUCAGUUUGUUUGACUCACAGUGCAAGAGUGAUCAGAAAAUAGUGAGUAAUGGAGUUUGAAGAACAAAAGCUUGAACACUUCAAAGAACAAACCAGACUUCCGGAUUUCGCAGUUCCUAAACGUUAUGAUCUCACUCUAAAACUUGAUCUUUUGGGUUGUACUUUUUCUGGGUUUGUACUCGUUGAUGUUGUCAUCAAUCGAGCCACGAGAUUCCUCGUCUUGAAUGCACUUGAACUAGUCAUUCAUCAAGUCUCCUUCGCCAACUUUCAAUCUCAAAAAUAUGUUCCAUCAGAUAUUGUCGUUGACAACGAAGCCGAGAUACUAGUGCUGGUGUUUGAUCAGGUAUUGAAUGUGGGCAAUGGAGUACUGGAGAUCAGAUUUUCAGGGGUUCUUAAUGAACAAUUGAAGGGCUUCUACAGAUGGUGCCUUCUCUUUUUUCUUCAAUUUUUCUAAUUUCCUAUAUGUUCUCUGCUUGAUUUUUCCUUCAAUUGAUUUGAGGAAAGAUAUUUUUGUGUAUUGUCAUGAAACAAAUUAUAGAAUGAGGAAUUUAAAAUGGGAACUUUCAAUGUUUUGGAUAAAUCUUUGAGUCUUCUGAAAUUUGGGAGGCAACUCUUUUUUUUUUUUUUUUCGUUU